UCACCUAGUAGAUUCCGGACAGAGGGCAGUCUUUAAGACCCAGCGACUGUAUUUGUCUGAAGAGGAAAUGUUGCUUUUUGACAGAUGAGAGAAAUCCCCUUAGUGCUGGCUGUGGGAAGGGAGAAGUGAAGUCAGUCACCUGGUGGUGAAGGCCAGUAAAACAGCAAAGCGGGAGGAAAAUUGCUGUCUCCCUCUCUCCUCUCUCCCUCUUUUCUCUCUGUGGGAGCAACCUCCUAUUCUCCCAACUCUUUUAGCAUAACCUUCAAAGGAGAACGGUCCCUUCAGACUUUAUUACCGUCCUUUCCCCACUGAGAGAAUACCUCUUAGCUACAAGACAUUUUUUAAGUCUAUGCAGGACUUCGGGGAUUCAGUUAUCUUGCCAGGGAAAAUUGAUGAUUGCUAAUGUCUGGGACUCACAGCGUGCUAAAUUAGCUACCAGAGUAUGCCUGACGGAGGAAGGCUUUUAUCACAUACUCUUCUCUCCAGUUUGAACACAUUUGCUUGAAUUUUGCCGCAUGAUGCUGUCCAGGGAAGCAGCUUUUUUUCUUGGGAUGCAGCAACUCGCUGGUUUCUAAGCUUAUUGCAGAAGAAGAAAUAAUCUGAAAUAGAGUGGAAUUUUUUCCCCCCUCCUCUGCUGGAUUCGACUGAGCCGUGUUGGACCGCGGAAAAGAUCACCUGUCCCUAAAUCUUUGAAGAAGUAAAACAAAGUGAAUUACCAUUAGUAUUUAUUUAUUUAUAUCAUUUUUUUAAAACCGGCGGAGGCGGCGAGACCACGGAGAAUGAGACUGAGAGAAGCUGCCGGGGCUUGGAGGAGGAUAAAGCUGAGUUUCAGCUGGAAACUAAAAGACUAGAUCGGUUCGGGGAGCAACUUGACCGGUUCCUCUCCACUUCCUUUAGUUUCGCUCCAUGGAUAGAUCCACGGACCUGGACAUCCAGGAGCUCAAGAUGACACGAGAACAAUAUAUACUAGCAACACAACCGAACAGCCUGCCGAGAACUGAAAAUGCACAACUUUACCCUGUGGGGAUUUAUGGAUGGCGAAAGAGGUGCUUAUACUUCUUUGUCCUUCUGCUGUUGGUUACCAUGAUAGUUAACUUAGCCAUGACAAUAUGGAUAUUGAAGGUUAUGAAUUUCACCGUGGAUGGUAUGGGGAAUCUGAGAGUCACCAAGAAGGGAAUCCGACUUGAAGGUAUAUCUGAGUUUCUACUUCCAUUGUAUGUGAAAGAAAUUCAUUCCCGAAAGGACAGUCCAUUGGUCUUACAGUCUGACAGGAAUGUAACAGUGAAUGCAAGAAACCACAUGGGGCAGCUCACUGGACAGCUGACAGUCGGAGCUGAGGCUGUGGAGGCGCAGUGUAAAAGAUUUGAAGUAAGAGCAAGCGAAGAUGGCAGGGUGCUGUUCUCUGCAGAUGAAGACGAGAUAACGAUUGGGGCUGAGAAGCUAAAGGUUACAGGAACUGAAGGAGCAGUAUUUGGGCACUCUGUGGAAACACCUCAUAUCAGAGCAGAGCCAUCCCAAGACCUCAGGCUUGAAUCACCAACCAGAUCCUUGAUAAUGGAAGCUCCACGAGGGGUCCAGGUGAGCGCAGCCGCAGGUGACUUCAAGGCUGCCUGCAGGAAGGAACUGCACUUGCAGUCUACAGAAGGGGAGAUUUUUCUAAAUGCAGAUACAAUCCGGCUAGGAAAUCUACCAACCGGUUCCUUCUCUUCUUCACCCAGCUCCUCAAAUUCUCGACAGACAGUGUAUGAACUGUGUGUCUGCCCCAACGGCAAACUCUACCUUUCUCCAGCUGGGGUAGGCUCCACCUGUCAGUCCAGUAGCAGCAUUUGCUUGUGGAGCUGAAGCGACUGAUUUCUCCUCACACCAGAAUAGCCUUUUGUUCCCGUCCGUCUGCUUCACAGUUUUGCUCGGUUUCCCGUGUGAUCAGUGCAGAGCUUCUUCAGCCGGACCACAGAGCAAACCGGUCCAGGAUCAGCAGGGAUUGGCGCCCACCUUCUCCUGAUUCACCUGACUCAACACCGUGGGACUGACUCGGCCUCGGGAGAAGCAUCUUCAGCAGGAAACCUGGAUCAUGACAUUUGCUCGAAAAGGAGAAUAACUUAGGUGCCUUUGCUACGCGGAGUGAAGCACACAGUUUUAGAUUUUUGCAGAACCUGGCUACGAACUGCGCACGAACACAUUACCAGAUGAAAUUCCCAAAUCCAAUGGUGACAUGAAACGCUGACCCCCGUCAGAAGACUAAUUCUGCAGUCCGAAAGCACAAUUUUCCAUUCAUCUUUUUUGGACGUAAACUUUUAUCCCCGAAUUUUAAAAUUUUGAAGCAUUAUGUAAUGCUUGCUUUACUAAAAAAUUAAAUUCAAUACAUGGUUUUUAACUAAAUGAAACAAGACAUGACAGAGUCCCUGAGUUGUUUUUGUUUCUUUAAAUUCAGUGUGUUGGUACUCUUUGUCUACUAAGCCUGGAGUUUUGUACAUUAGAUAAUUUUGAAAGCUCUCAGCAAUAUAAUAUUUACGAAAUUAACACAAACGCCAUUAUGCUCUCAUUUGUCAGAUCUGAAUGGCCUUCUAUUUAUGUGGCUAUUGCAUGUGACACAUUUGCUUUUAACAAAACAUCGAAACAAUUGCAAUAUAAGAUAGGAGGGAUAUACUUACAGUGUGGAACCCAUUGGUUAUUCGUUAAUAAUUCACAUGGUGUCCUUUACCCUUAGGUUUUAAUAAUACUUUUUUGCUUGCUCCAUUUACAUUAAACUCUUUUUAUUUUUAACUGCUAAAGUUAAACCAGCCUCUAAUUAAAUGCUAAUGUUAUACAUAAUGCUGAGAACGGGUUCACUUUCCACGGGGACAUCAACUUCAAAUUAAGUAUCCUUCUUUAAAUUCAGGUUCAUAUUUAAGAAGGUUAGAAAUUAAAUUAUAAAUUCCAGAAAAGGAAAUGGUCAAAAGACAAGGGUUCAGCAGAGUGUUGGAUGAGUGCUUUCUCCGUUUAGGAAUCUAGUCACGCCUCUGUUCCUUGACUGUUAACAUUUAGUCACUUCUAUUAGACUGUUAAGUUACCAUGACAUCAUGAACCAUAGCUCUUUCCAUUCUCCGCUGUUCAUUUUUAUUACCAAGUUCCCAAUAAAUAAUUCCAGAAGAUUAUAGAUUUGUUCAUUACAGUACUCUUAAUCUCAAAUUAUUGAACCCGACAGAAUACAAGAAUGUAAACUUGUAUUUUAGAUUUCCUAGUUUGGGAACCUGACUUGGUGACUAAAAGGUAAGUCUUUAAUUUUCCCAUUAUUCCCACCUGGUACCUGUGCACACCAUUAACAGCUGUGUGGAAGUUGCACUUCAGGGCUCUGUGAUUGUAGAAUCUUUGAAAUUCUGUCCUCUGUAGCUGAGAAUGAAGCAAAAGAUUGAAACAUGUUGAUAUAAUUUGGUUUGCAAGUAUUAGAAAAUUGGGGCAAAUAUUAGUAAAUUGGGUAUUGCAACGGGCAAAGUGACCUCUUUGUCCAAAGUUAUCUCGUUUGGGUUCCUAGCACUUCUAGUAACAGGCAAAGCUCCCUAUCACUGAGCACAUUCCACAUUCUGCAGAAGUCUCUGUAAGGUAUUUCACUCUGAUCAUUCUUAAAGUAGUAUUGGACUUGUCCUUUGGGGUUAUUAUAUAAGUCUGUAAACUAAAAUCAAAAUAAAAGUUGAGGUAUAUAAUUGCUUGAAAAGUCAUAAUGAAGAGCUUAAUUCAUUUUUAACAAAAUUUAAUAUAUGAAGUUCACACAUUAGUCUUCACGAAAGAGUCUCACAGUAUCUAAGACAAGACGUUUGAGAGUCAUGGAUGCUGAUCACUGUGUUAUGUGGAGAAGACAGUGGGCAUUAAUUUGGGACAUACCAGGGUUUUAGCCAUGCUAAAUUAAAACAAUUAGAAAAUUUCCUAAUCAAAGGAUGUUAAUGAUUGCAAUUCAUAAUCCUCCCUAUUUCUAAAGUCUUUUACUAAUCAAUUAAGCUGAGUUGGGCAAUCUGAGACUAUCUCUAGGCUUCAGUUUAAAAUGAACACUUUACAAACAAUAAAAAUACCGAAUCAAACAUCCUCUGAAGGCUUUUUCUAGCACUAACAUGUUCUAAGAACAUAUAUUUCAAAAGGUAAAAGGGAACACUGAGAAUUUAUAUGCAUACCACAAGAUGCCAAGAGUGAAGGGUGGUGAGAAAAAGGAGAAAAGAAACAAAUUAUAAGUUGGAAAUGGUGGCUCACACCUUUAAUUCCAUCCAGCACUUGGGAGGCAGAACAGGAAGAUUUGUGCGAGUUUAAGGCCUGGGUGGUCUGCAGAAGGAGAUCCAGGAUAGCCAGGCCUAUUCAGAGAACAUGUCUCAAAAAUGAAGCAGAAAACAAAACACACACACACACACACACACACACACACACACACACAAAGUAAGAAGAAAGGCUGGUAAAAAUUUCAACUUAAUGAUAUUCUGCAAAGUACAGACAUGAAAGUAUAUAAACUUGGGACAUUCAGAAUGUUGUUCAAAUACUUGUUAAAUAUAAAAGAUAGAAUGCUAUAGAUGACUUCCUUCUACAAUACUAAAUGAAUGACUUGAAUUGGUUGCUUCACUGUUGUAGUUUCUUCAGGUACAAUAAUCUCAAAGUUUAAGCAUUUAUUAGAGGCUUAGAAGAUAAAAUAUAAAGUCUUUGAAUUUCUAAGAGAGAAUCAUUGUUUCUUUGACAACAAAAAGUUCCAGGAGCUGAAGAACAAAUUUAUUCAUUGCUUUCCAAAUUCAGUUUUACAGACCAAAUGUGCAUAAACACACACAGGUUAUGGGAUUGGCUUGAAACCAGUUUAAGGGGGUUCGAAUCCUUCCUUUCUUAUUUAACUUUUACAUAG